AUGAACGCAAGUAUGAGGAACUCGGGAAAGCAGCCCCAGCAUCAAGUCGAACAGCAGAAGCUGAUGUUGUCGCGAGAAAUCGCGAAGACGAAAGCCGAUUUGGAGCGCCAACGUCUGGAGGACGAAAUUAAGGCCAUGGAAGCGGCGAUAGCGAAGCAGCAAGCAUUGGCAGUAGAAUCUACUAGGGAAUCUACUGAGCCAUCAGCGCAGCCGAAAAAAAGACUAGUGCGCAAAGUACGACGAGUUCCCAAAAAAAAGGCUUACGACAACCCGGCGGCUGAUAACACCUGUUCGAUGACGGAAUGCCCGGCUUCAACUUCGUCUAAAACUCCGUCUAAACCUCCGUCCAACGCCUCUCUCAAGCCGCUUGCAGAAUCUCCCGUCGGGUUAAAUGAACAACUACUGCAGCAAAUCAAAACGCGUUCAUCGACUACGAAAAAGGCUUCCUUUUCUUCUUCCAGUACGUCUCCUCCAUCGCUUGGAGGCCCUUCAGAAUCGGUCACGGGUAUGUCACCGGAGGAGCAAUUGCAGAACGAAAAUCGACAAAUGGAAGCAGCAAUUGCCUUGCAGAAGAUGUCAGACUCCUUGAAGUCCGAGCCUGUCAAGCCAUCGUCGCCUCGUCGGAACGGCAGCCCCACAAGUCCUGUUUCCAUCCAAAAUUCUUUGACAAACAGCACAGACCUAUGUCCACCAGCCUCCUUGCCGCGUUUGAAUCUAAUGUCCGCCAUUACCGCCGCCGCUACCAGUCGGGAGAACCGACUCGAAGAAACAGGUGGCGAACUACAAAUGAAAGAAACGGAACCCGAGGUAGAGGAACAGAAACGCGGUGCACCGCAGCUGAGCUUCGCCCUGGCCGAACUCGUUUCCAAAAAGGCUACGGAUCGGGAAAGUCGUCUCGCAGCGGGAGGCGAACACAAAAUGACAAAAAUCAAGGAAAAAGAGCAGUAUAAGAACGAAUUCUCCAACAUUUGCGUUGAUGCGGCGGCCAUGGGUCGUCUCACGCGAUUGAACGAGCAUACUAUCGAGGCUGUGGCGUGCGAAAAGACUGCCGAAGAAGCAUGGAAGUCGUCGGGGCUGUUGGCCAUUCAGUGGCGGUCAAAUCAUAUGUCGGUGAUUCACGAAGCAGCUCGUACUGGAGCUGAAACUCGCAUGCCCGAAAAGGUUGUUUCCAAUUGCCCCGAGCUGGAGGAAGACUGGGAUUUGGAAACAGAAAAAAUAAGCGCACGAAUGCAGCAGCUGUUGGAGCUAAAUGGACGAGUCGGUGAAGGGCAGCACAAAGUCGACAAACUUGUCCUUGGUCGUAAGGAAGAAAACGAAGGUGGUGAAUCAAUGAUCGUUAAACCAAUGGUUUGCUACUCCAAUAUCGAGGAUGUUAAGUUGCCGAAAAAGCGACCCCCGCGGAUUGAUCCGGAAAAGUACAAAGAACGAUUGAAGAAAGAUAUGGAAGAAGCAGUUCUGAAGCAUCGUCCUUUGCAAUCCAUCAGCCAUGACGUGGCUGAAAAGGCCUGGGAGCGUCGUAUGCGACUGGAUCGUCCCGGUGGGAUGCCUAAGAUUCUAGAAAAGUGCCCGUGUCCGUACUGUGUAGACCCAAGUCCCUACCAAACGUACGCGUACCGGGUAAAGCACGAUAAGCGCAUAGAGGAAGGUUACGAAAGUGUAUCUUCGGAAGAAGAGCGACGGCAAAAACGUGAAGAGCGUCGUCUUGCACGACGCAAGACUCAGCCUCCCCCGACAGCGGAACCGAUUGAUAGGGAGAACCCCGACGAGCAAGGCCGCUCCGGUACCACGACGAGCCCAGACGAGGUUGGCGGUGGGUCUUUGCCCCGCAAGAGAAAACCGCGCCCCAAGAAGACCAAAUCGACGGAGAGCCAAGCGACAGAAGGAACCUCUUUUAUCCCUCCGCCGUCAUCAAAGGGUCCUUCAGCGGAAAACCCUGCUAUUGUUAAAGAUGGCGGUUGCGCUUGCGUAAUUUUGUAG